AUGGCUCGAUUUGACUCACUGAUAUCGCCGUUAGCCAUGCUAAAGAAUAGUACUUUUUUACUCAAUGAAAUGGAAUGGACCAUCGGUAAAAAUCUUUCUCAGUGGAGUCUAGGCAGUCACCCGGGACGUGUUCCGCAGUUCGCAAGUAUAAAGUUUCUUCCAUCAGUACAUCAACUUUUUGGAUUAUGUGAUAUCAAUAUAACUCAACCGAGUUUAUUUGUUAAAUUGGUGUAUUGGCCCCAGCACGGCCAUACACUUUUCAAUGUCAUUUCAAACAUAUAUCAGACAAUGAAAGAAAUCAAAGUUGAAUUUGGUCGAAUUCGUUUAUAUGCAGCUGUUGACGAUGUCAAUGCAAUCAACGAUUGGAACGAAAAAGUAUCUGACCUGGGACAAUAUACGCCAAUUUUCAAAGCUUUUAGUAAUGAACCAGUGUACAAUUACUAUGGACUUAUCAAAGAUUCACUGUCACAGACGAUAUGCUUUACAAAAACGAUUGCUAUUGGAGUAUCGAAACGAUUAGAUCACUACACUGUAGGAAUCAGCCUGCAAGAUUGGCGGUCAUUUUCCAAAUGGGUAUUAGAUGUUUUUCAGAUUCCGACUACAACAAUGAAAUCAGAUACUAAGUCAUCUUCAGAAAGAGUUGUUCUUACUCUGAUUGCGAGAUCGUCAAGAAAAAUUCUGAAUCUCUCACAACUGAAAAGCAUAUCCGAGAAAACAUAUAAGCGUUCAAUGUUCGCCCAGAUAAUCGAUUUGGCUGGUAUCUCGUUCGCUGACCAACUGAGAUAUAUGCGAAAUACAACCAUACUCUUUGCAAUAGACGGGACCGCAUUAGUGAAUUCGUUAUUCAUGUUAAACCCCUGCGGAGUUGUGAUACACAUCGGCACUUAUAUGAUGCGAAUACUCGUACCAGGCAAAGGUAAAAAUUUCCGACCUCUAGUGGAAGCAGGAACAGGAAAGAAUCGAUACAUUUACAGCGAGAUACAACGCUUGGUAGAUGUACAUGAUGUCCAAAGAAACAGGCUCCGUAACAUUUCGUUAUUUAAGAUGACACCAUCCCAAAGAUUUCGUUUGGCUGUACAGCAAGAUGUUCGUCUACCAUUACCCCAAUACUUGAAACUUCUUAAAGAAGCUAUGAACAUGGUACAGCUAUGUUUCAAUCGUCUACCGGGCAAUAUUAAUCCUUAA